GUGUUCAAAUAAAUUAAUUUAAAUAUUCAUGUGCAUUUAUAAACAAUGUACGACUUAUGUAUAGUUGGGGCUGGAAUGAUUGGAUCGGCUGCAGCCCGGCAUGCUUCCAUUACUUCCGGUUUAAACACGUGCUUGAUAGGACCUUCAGAACCAAAGAAAAGAAGUUCCGAAGAAAAACGUGAGAUCUAUGGAUCCUAUUACGACGAAGGAAGAAUCACACGAUGUCAAGACAAGGAUAUUGUAUGGUCGCAUUUGGCGCAGGAAUCCAUCAAAAGGUACCGAGAUCUAGAGAAACAGUCUGGUAUAAAUUUCUACCAUGAAGUAGGAAACUUAAUGAUCGGUGGAGAAGAUUAUUUGAAGAAAACAAACGAGGUAGCUUUAAGAAACGGAAUUAGAAUGCAAAAUUUGGACAACGAAUUACUAAAUCAACGAUUCCCUUAUCUAAGAUUCAGAGAUGACACAAUUGGCAGUAUUGAAAUGAAGAAGGCCGGUUAUAUAAAUCCAAGACGAAUUGUUGAGGCACAAAAAGCAAUGGCAGCUAAACAAGGAUGCACAAUAUUUGAUGACGUUGUAAAUGAUGUGUCUCGGAUUGUCCAAUCAGAUGGGUCUUAUGCAAUGCUGGUAAAGACGGAAGGAGGGCGCUCAAUCUUGAGCAAAAAGGUUCUGUUAGCGACGGGAGCUUUCACCACCUUCAGGAAUCUUUUGCCAGGGUUUCAGCCAGACCAGAUUCUUAGCCCGUUGGUCGUGUCCUUAUUAGAAGUAGAAAAAACGAAUGUUAAGACUUUAAGGGAUAUGCCUUGUGUCAUAUAUUAUGGUCGCUCGAACGACAUCUGGGAUUUGCCGCCCUCACAUGCGAACGAGGACGACAUUUCAUUCUACCUGCUGCCGCCAAUAAAAUACCCGGAUGAUCGGUAUUACAUAAAACUUGGAUUCCUUGGUGCCUGUGCUGCACAGAUGAGGUCAUUGGCCGAUGUGAAGCUGUGGUUUGAAAAAGGGGAUUCGGUAUGGGCUGAACACGUGACCAAAUUUACUGCCUCACUGUUUAAAGGAGUUAAGUUCAAUUCCUGGCAUGCUGACAGUUGUGUUAUAACGGAAACGCCUACUGCACGUCCAUAUAUAGACAUGGUACAUGCCCAACUGGGCGUGGCUAUUGGUGGAAACGGUUACGCAGCAAAAUCGAGUGACGAGAUUGGUCGACUGGCUGCUUCUAUGGUGACUGAUAAUUGGGACUCUGAACUACCAAGAGAGAUUUUCAAACUGAACCAUUUAUCACAUUCAAAUAAAUCGACUUUUACAAGCCUUUUAGGAAAGCUGUAAUCGAAGCUGAGUAAAAGAUUCAUCGGUCUUUAUGUUCAUGCAGGUUGCAAGAAAGGAAGAGAUUGACAGAGACAAUUCAGUCCUAUUAUAUGCGCAUAAAUAUUUGCUCGCAAAGCUGUUAAAUAAUACUAAAUAUACGUACACCUACUAGUAUUUGGAACAUCAAAAUUUGUCAACGUUGCGAAUUACGUCAUGAAUCAUUAAAGAGCUGCGCCAUGAGAAAACCAACAUAGUGCGUUUGCGAGUAGCAUGGCUCCAGACCAGCCUGCGCAUCCGCGCAGUCUGGUUAGGAUCCAUGCUGUUCGCUUUUAAAGCCUAUUGCAAUUAGAGAAACCGUUAGCGAACAGCAUGGAUCCUGACCAGACUGCGCGGAUGCGCAGGCCGGUCUGGAGCCAUGCUGGUCGCAAAUGCACUAAGUUAGUUUUCUCACGACGCGGCUCAUUUAUUCUUUGGCGCCGAAAAACGUUGAUAUUAAAAAUCACUACCAUUCGUUGUAGUAAUAAACCAUCACAUUACUAAUAAUUUUUGCAAAAUUAUGCUAUGAA